GAUCUCUCAGCGGGUGGAGGCCAGCCGGGCACAGCUUCAGGCAAUCGGUGAGAGAGUCACACUCGCCCAAGCGAAGAUUGAGAAGAUAAAGGGCAGCAAGAAGGCUAUUAAGGUAUUUUCCAGUGCCAAGUACCCAGCCCCUGAGCGACUGGAGGAGUACAGUUCCAUUUUUGCUGGUGCAGAAGACCCAGCUAAACAGAAAUGGCCAAGACACAAGAUUCAGAGCAAGCACCGAGUGCUGGAUGAGAAAGCUCUGCAGGAGAAGCUCAAGUACUUUCCUGUGUGUGUGAGCACCAGAGUUCACCAGGAGGAUGAUGCAGAGGAAGGCCUUGGCAGCCUCCCCCGGAACAUCAGCUCCCUCAGCUCCCUGCUGCUCUUCAACACCACCGAGAACCUGUACAAGAAGUAUGUUUUCCUGGAUCCUUUGGCUGGAGCAGUGACCAAAACCCAUGUGGCUCUGGAAACAGAGACGGAAGAGAAGCUCUUCGAUGCUCCGCUCUCGAUCACCAAGAGGGGACAGCUGGACCGACAGGUAGCUGAAAAUUACUUCUACGUGCCAGAUCUGGGCCAGGUCCCUGAGAUCGACGUGCCAUCCUACCUGCCAGACCUGCCCGGCAUUGCUGCAGACCUCAUGUACAGUGCCGAUCUGGGCCCCGGCAUCGCACCGUCUGCCCCCAGCAGCGCUAUUCCAGAGCUGCCCACAUUCAGCACCGAGGCGGCGGAGCCUUUGCAACCAGGUAUUUCCAAUCCUCGCUCUCAAGACCCUGUGAAAGGAGGAAGACAGGGAUUGCUGGAAGGUGGAGACGAGGCAGGAAGUCCCGUGGUGGAGAGCACAAGAUAG